AUGACAUCGGCUAAAUACUCUGAGCAUCAAAGUGUCACUACAAAGCUUCUCCAUUUAUCUUCCCCAUAUCCUUCCCCUAAAAUCCUCAAUAUUUCAGUACGAGAUGACGAUGCUACUAACUCUUCCGGUGACGAAGAUGACAGACCCACUAGUCGAACCCGAGUUGUAAAGCACAUUUUUGAGAUCCGAUUUCAAAUAACCCGGACUGAAAUCCCAACCCAGCCGGCGUUCCAAGUGCAAGAUUACCCGCAACCCCAGACAAGAAUAAUGAGGCAAUAUGGUAAGCGGGUUCAGAACGAGAAUACCCGGAAAUACAGAGGAUUCCGGCAACGUCCUUGGGGGAAAUACGUAGCGGAGAUUCGAUAUCCGGAGAAACGUUCAGCGGUUUGGCUCGGAACAUUUGAUACAGGCAUACAACCGAAGAAGCUGCCAUGA